GGGAAGUAUAGGGCCAAAAAGCAGAAAAGGAGCUAGUCGAGCAUCUGCUUCUGAAACUGAGCCUUUUAGGCUUCCGUAGCCGGUAGGAGUCUCAGCGUCUCUGGGAAUUGACCUUUCGAGUUAAUUUUUCUGUGGGUCGGAGGCCCCGGCCCUAGGCUGUGGGACCAGCGGGACCACCGAGGAUCUGCACGCCGGCUGCGCCAUGGUCCAGCUUAGUACCACCCUCUGCAAGGCCUACCGCGGUGGCCACUUAACCAUCCGCCUUGCUCUGGGUGGCUGCGCCAACCGGCCCUUUUACCGCAUUGUUGCUGCUCACAACAAGUGUCCCAGGGAUGGUCGUUUUGUGGAGCAGUUGGGCUCUUAUGAUCCACUGCCCAACAGUCACGGGGAAAAACUCGUCGCCCUGAAUCUGGAGAGGAUCCGGCAUUGGAUUGGCUGUGGGGCCCACCUCUCUAAGCCUAUGGAGAAGCUUCUGGGUCUGUCUGGCUUUUUCCCCCUGCAUCCUAUGAUGAUUACAAAUGCUGAGAGACUGCGAAGGAAACGGGCACGUGCAAUCCUCUUAGCUUCUCAGAAAACAAACGCAGAGGCUACAGAAACAGAAGCAGAAGCAAGCUGACUUCAGUGAACAUGGCAGUGGUUACAAGGUCAAGAUCUUCUAUAUGCAGAGCUUUUAAUUUUGUUAGUUUUGAAGAACAAUAAAUGGAGUUUUCUGAGUCACUCAUGCUCUUCAGGCCUGGCCUAAGUGGGGUCCACCAAGAGCUUUGUUCUUCUCCAGCGUAAGAGCUGGGUCUGGAUACUAAUUAGCUUCUUUUGGCCUUUGUCUUGGCAAAAACAGUAGCUGUAGGGAAUGUUGGAUCAUUUGGACAAUUUUACAAUCUGUUGCCUGCCAAGGAACUUCCUGCUUUCUUUCUUGUUUUGGUGUUACCUGGGGAUUGAACCCAGGGUCUUUAUACUGAGCUGCA